AUGGCGACCCAAACAGCAGAAUUCGACCAGGUGAAACAGGCCGAAACCUCUACAACAACCCUCCCAGAAAACGAUGCCUCACCUCCAAGGACAUUCCGCUCCUUCAUAUGGGACACAGACACGCACCUCAAAUCCCCCGCGGAGAAGCGUCUUCUCCUCAAACUCGACGUCUCAAUCCUCACAAUCGGAUGUCUGGGCUUCUUCAUGAAAUACCUCGACCAGGGGAACCUAUCCAACGCAUACGUCUCAGGCAUGCAGGAACAGCUCUCCAUGUACGGCAACGAAUACACAUACGCCCAGACCGUGUACACAGUCGCAUACGCUGUGAUGCAAAUCCCAAGUACACUGAUCAUCCAAAAGAUCAGACCCAGUAUCUGGCUUGCGGUUAUGGAAGUUGCGUGGGGCGCGUUCACGUUCGCGCAGGCGGGUAUCCACAAUGUGUCUGAGCUGUACGCGUUCCGGUUUCUGGUGGGGUUGUUUGAGAGUUCGUUCUUCCCUUCCUUGCUUUAUUUGUUGGGGAGUUGGUAUACGAAGACGGAGCUUGCGAAGAGGGUGGCCCUGUUCCAUAUGACGGCGCCGCUGGGGACCGCGUUUGGAGGGUAUCUCCAGGCGGCGGUUUACGAGAAUUUGAACGGUGCGCGCGGUAUUGAGGGGUGGAGGUGGUUGUAUAUUGUCUGUGGGUGUAUGACUGUGCCGGUUGGGCUUGCGACGUUUGUAAUCCUCCCUGAUACGCCGUAUACGACGAAGGUGUGGUUCUUGUCCCCUGAGGAAAGGGAGUUGGCGAUAGAAAGGGUGAGAAGGGCGGGGAAGGCGGCGCCGGUAAAGAUUCGGCUGGCUACGUUUAAGACGAUUCUGAGUUCGUGGAAGUGGUAUGCGUUUGUUGUUGGAUAUGUGUUAUAUGGAUCGUCCUGCGGUGCAAAUGGAUACUUUGCCAUCUGGCUAAAGUCAGAGAACUUCUCCGUCACAGACCGGAAUGUUAUUCCUACAGGGACGUCUCUGAUAUCUGCAGCCUGCGUUGUCCUCUGGGGGUUUCUCUCAGAUUACACUGGAAGCAGAUUCGCCUGGGUGCUUAUACCGCUGAUAUACGGCCUCCUCCCAAAUGGCAUCCUAGCCUUCUGGCCAUCCAGUCUCGCCUUCAAAGAGUUUGCAUUCUUGACAAUUUCCGUCCAGCUCAUGACAGCCGUGUUCUACUCCUGGGCUAAUGAAGUCUGCGCCGGGAACAAUGAAGAACGAGCCGUGGUGGUUAGCAGCAUGAACGGUUUCCAGUAUGCUGUCGCUGCGUGGUUGCCCAUUGUUAUAUUUCCGCAGACAAUGGCGCCGGACUUUCGGUACGGCUUUCCGACGACAUUUGGCUUGGUUAUUGCAGCGAUCCUUGGAGUGAUUGGAAUCCAGUUGUUUGUCCUCCGAGACGAGAGGAGGGCUAAAAAGGGAGCCAGAUCUGGGGGUGGUGAAUAG